AUGACGAUUUCACUGCCAGUCCGUCGGAUAGCCGUAAUCGGUGCCGGGCCGUCUGGUCUUUCUGCGGUAAAAUAUCUGCUCGCUGAGAAGUGCUUUGAUACGAUAGAUGUCUUUGAACAGAGAGUCUCAAUUGGCGGAGUCUGGAACUAUACUCCCGGUGCCUUGAAAACAGGCCUGGUGACUCAGGUGCCACAAUUGAACCCAGACGGACCACUUGAAGAGCCUAUAUGGUAUCGAACUGGGAAGACAGAGGAGACACGCCAGUUUGACUUUAUCUCUCCCAUCUAUAGCACCCUCGAUACCAAUAUUCCGAAAGAACUGAUGGCGUAUUCUGACAAACCAUUUCCUGCCGACUGCCAAGUCUUACCGAAUCAUUCCACAGUAAAGAAAUAUCUGGAAGAAUAUGCAAAGGAUGUUAAAGACCUCAUUCAGUUCGAAACUCAAGUACUUGAUGUCAGACUAGAAGAGCCGACCAAGAAGGCUUGGGUGCUGACAACAAGAAAUCUGCGUACCGGGGCUAAGCAGACCGGUACAUACGAUGCGGUGGUGGUAGCCAGUGGGCAUUUUGAUGUGCCAUACUUGCCCGACAUCAAAGGCAUUGAACCAUGGAAUACGAAAUAUCCAGGCGUGAUUUCCCAUUCCAAGUACUUCGAUUCACCCGAACAAUUUCGUGACAAAAAGGUCAUUGUCGUUGGAAGUUCAGCCUCCGCCAUAGACAUCGGGGCUCAAAUAAACCGGGUGAGCAAGGGCAAAGUGCUCGUUUCUCAGCGAACAGAGUCGUACUUGACGCCUUCUGCUUCCGCAGACAAGAGUUACUUCCCCGAAAUCGUGGAAUUUCUCCCGCCCGAGUCUCAUCAACGAGCAGUACGCUUUGCAGAUGGCAGGGUUGAGAUGGACAUCGAUGCCAUUGUUUUCUGUACCGGCUACUUGUACUCAUUCCCGUUCCUAUCGUCACUCGACCAGCCUGUUAUCGGGGAUGGUCGCAGGACUCUGAAUACCUAUCAACAUCUUUUCUACAUCUACAAUCCUACCCUCGUAUUCCCUGUCCUUCCCCAGAGAGUGAUUCCGUUCCCGUUAUCGGAAAAUCAAGCGGCAGUCUAUGCCCGAGUUUGGUCAGGACGCCUUGCUCUGCCAUCAAUAGCAGAGAUGAAACAAUGGGAGGAAUCCACUGUCGCUACAAAAGGCGAUGGCACAAGAUUCCAUCUGAUGCACUUUCCCUUGGAUGCUGAUUAUAUGAACUUCCUUCAUGACUGGGCAAAUAUGGCCAAAACACGCCAAGGUCUGAUCAAUAAUGGCCAUGGCAAGCAAUGCAAUUACUGGGGAAAGAAGCAGAGGUGGAUGCGACAAAAGUUCCCCGAGAUCAGAAGGGCCUUCGUUGAGAAGGGUGAGGAGCGUCGCAAUAUCAAAUCCAUCGCAGAACUUGGUUUUGAUUAUGAUGAGGAUUGGAAGGAAAGGCAAGAAUAG